GAGAUUCUGUCACACAUUUACAAUUGUAUUGAUCACUUUGUUCCUCUUUUUGGCAUUUUGAAUAAAUAGUCAAGUUAUUUUCGUUUCAUUCAGUCAUCCAUCAAGUCAGCAAUAGCUAGCAACUGGUUACUUCCAAAACACCAACAUGAAAUUCACUUUGAUUACCCUGACGGCGGUGCUGUCUUCCGUUUUAGCAGAUCCAGCUCUGUUUUUGAACGGAGGUUUCUUAUCUUCCUAUCCGUCAUAUGCCUCAGCUGCACUGCUAGCACCUGGAGCAGCACAAGUUGUUGCCCCAGUUGCACCAGUUGCACCAGUCGCACCAGUUGCCCCCGUUGCUCCGGUUACAUCAACCUUGUCAGAUUACAGCUAUGCCUACGGAUCUUCUCUUACAUAUCAAGAUAGAUACCUCCCAGCGGCCGCUGCCGUUGUCAACUCAGCUUACACUCUCCCAUACAACUUACCUUACGCAUACGCAGCUGAUUACUAUUACCGCAAAUAAUAACACCUCGAUCGAUACCGCUUGAAAUAUUUGUAUAAUUCAUCGUUGUUAUAUUCUUAAGAAUAAAUUUUUUGAUUCAUGAUGUUAUAAA